UUCUUGAUGCUUUUCCAAAAACAUAAUAAAACACUUUUUUUUUUUAAUUUUUGCAUCUUUACCCUUUCAAAUUUAUAUGUGUGAUUUUGGUUUCUGCAAUUUUACUUCAAAUGAGCACCGAAGGAGAAGGCGGCGAGGAUGCCUUAUAUAGGCCAGCUUUCUUUGUUCCAUCCCACCGCCAUAAACCCUAAACCCUUGGCUCAUGAACCACGUAUUUGAAUAAUUGCAGGGAGAGACAAAGCAGAAUCAUAGCUAAUGGCGAAAUUAAACGAUUCCCCCGCGUCUCCCCCUUGCCGAAGCUAUCACUUCUUCAAAAUUUUUUUGCCUAAUCUCUCCUCAACGCACCUGAAGAUCCCGCCGGCAUUUCAACAGUACGUCGAGGGUCAAGCCCCUGCAAGAUUUUACCUUAAGGGCCCGAGCGAGUACGUUUGGGGUGCAGAUUUAGUGAAGAAAUCGGAUGGAUUGUUUUUAACAGACGGGUGGGAAAAUUUCGCGUUCGACCAUGAUCUCGUCGCCGGGGACUUUCUCCUUUUCAAGUAUAAUGGGAGCUUAACGUUUUCUGUGAUGAUUUUUGAUAACUCCGCGUGUGAAAAGGAGGGAGCCUUUUUCGCCCGGCCCACCUGCGAUGAGAAGGUUAGCUUUUCCCUGGACGAGAGAUUGAAGGAAGAGGAAAAAGAGGAGGCUUUUGUUGCAAUGAAUCAGUCUUUAAAGAGGAAGAGAACUCUGCUAGACACAAAAAAUGAUUGCAGGGAGGUUGUCAUGGCAACAAUGUGGCCAAGGAGAAGGCAGCCUGCAGCCUUGAUUUCGGGAAGAAUAGGUUCAGAGCGAUCUAGGGAUACGACCUAUCCAUUUAACAAAAUAAUGGAAUGCUCACGCGAUGCCAACCUUAUGCUCUCAGAUAAGCGAACUGGUGAUGGCUCUCAGAAAAAGCAGCAGCACCGAGGCUUUGUAUCCCAAAGAAGACCAGUCACACAAGAGGAAAGAGAUGAUGCUCUUGCAAAGGCACGAUCUUUCAAGUCAGACAAACCAUUUAUGAUGAUGAUUAUGAAAGGAUCAUAUGUCUACCAUGGCUUUUACUUGGAGGAGAAGGAAGGUUGUAAUGCUCAAAUAACAAAUACUUUGUUGGGAGGCCUACAUCAUUAUAUAAUAAGCUGGCUUUAUGAAUUUUCAUUUUUGUUCUUUCUUGUGGAAUAUUGCAUGGGUGAUAAAUUGUCAUCGCAAAUAGUUAAUUUAGGGUGCGUUUGAGGCGGCGGUGUGGUGUCGCACCACAGUUUUUCAUAUUUGAAAAAAUUGUGUUUUGCUUGCGCUCUAAAAAAGUUGCAGCUGAAAGUUGUGUUUCUCAUUAGAUCUGGCUACCUGCGGCGGCUGCUAGAAAGUUGCGGGUUGACUUUUUUCUUUAAAUUUUUUUGUAAUAGCCACUGCAGUUUUUUGAAUAGUAGCUUCUUCUUCAGUAGCUUUACAGCUGUUUAAACAGCUGCAACUGCUUUAAACAGACCCUUAAUAACAACGCUUCACCUCCUCAAUAAUUUCAUCCAUUAUUAUGCUCGUUCUUUUCUAUUG